GAGAGUCCACACAGGAGAGAAAGCACACAGCUGCUCAGUCUGUAAGAAAGCUUUUUCACAUAGUGGACAUUUAAAGAGACACAUGAGAGUCCACACAGGAGAGGAAAAAUAGAGCUGCACAGUUUGUAACAAAAUAUUUAAAUGGUUUAAUCGUUUCAAAAGACACAAGUGUGUUGGUCGUCAGCUGCUUCUGUAACUGUAAGGGAAUACAUUUGUCUAUUUUGUAUCCUGAUGACCUAAUGCCGUUACAUGUAAUACGUGACUCCCUAAGCCUGAUUUCACCCGCCUGCAACCGAUUCACUAAUAAUCAGAAAUGUUCAUUUCUUUGACCCCUUGACUCGACUAUUUCUUGUUUAAUAAUCGUUACAUCUCCUCGGGACCAAGUUCCCGUGUCCUGCCUUUCACCUGCUGAUCACCCACUGCUCAUUUAAGGUGGACUCACCUUCCCUCCUCCUGCUCUUUUCUCUUCUCCCUCUUUUUCUCACAUUACGCACAGUAAGUAGUAAGUAGUAGUUGAUGCCAAUAUGUCUCUGUUUAUGCUGCUUUAUACUUCUACUUUACUACAUUUCAGAAGACAGUAUUGUACUUUUUAAUCCACUGCAUUAAAUUCACAGCUUUUAGUUACUAGGUAGAUAUAGAUUAUUAGAUCAUUCAAAAAUAUAAAUCAAUUAUUAAAUACACCUUGACAGUUAUUUAUAGGAUAAGAUAUCCAGCAGCAGGACAUAAGGUUAUUCAAAGUAGCUCUACAUUUACUAACUGUGAUAACACACACAUACUUUUGGUACUUUAAGUAUAUUUUGAUACCAAUGCUUUUGUACUUUUACUUGUAACACAGUAUUUUUACCCUGUAGUAUUUGUACUUUUGAUUUAGUAGAAUAUCUGAAUACUUCUUACACCACUGCUACCAUAAGUGUGGAGCCAUGUGCUACAAAAGCCUGAAUUUAAAACAAAUACUUUACAGCUGAAGACUGUUUUCAAAUGUAGAGCAGGUUGUAAGCGAGGCUCCGUUUGUAAAUUCCUCCCCUUCAGAUCCACGCUGAGGAGGAUGAGUGUAACCAACAUGUGGGUAAAGUACAAGAGCUGAUAGGCCACAUUCACUGCUCACACACACAUGCUGUUCAGAUCACAGCUCACAUAGUUUCAGCUCUCAGGAAGUGAAACUCAGACACUCGCUGCCACUGAGAGGUGAAAUGGCGCAGUAAGGAGUUCAGCUGGAGCGGGAAACCUUCUCUUGUUCCAUCUGUCUGGAUCUACUGAAGGAUCCGGUGACGACUCCCUGUUGACACAGCUACUGCAUGAAGUGUAUUAAAGGCUUCUGGGACAGAGAGGAUGAGAAGAAGAUCCACAGCUGACUCAGUGUAGGCAGAGCUUCACACCGAGGCCUGUCCCGCUGGAAAACACCAUGCUAGCAGCUUUAGUGGAGGAGCUGAAGAAGACUGGACUCCAAGUUGCUCCUGCUGAUCACUGCUAUGCUGGAGCUGAAGAGGAGAGACGCUGAGCUGAAGCUGCUGUCUCACACAGAGGAUCACAACCAGUUUCUGCACAGCUACCCCUCACUGUCAGCCCUCAGUGAACCUACACACUCCUCCAGCAUCAACAUCCGACCUCUGAGCUACUUUGAGGACAUGACGGCGGCCCUGUCAGCAGUCAGAGACAAACUACAGGACGUCCUGAGAGAGGAAUGGACAAACGUCUCACCGACUGAAGUGGAUAUUUUACUGUCAGCAGCAGAGCCCACCACCAGAGCUGGGUUCUUCAAAUAUUCACAGGAGAUCACUCUGGAUCCAAACACAGCAAACACACGGCUGGUAUUAUCUGAGGGGAGCAGAAUAGCAACAUACAUGAGAGGGGCAGAGGUUGAAGUAGCAGUCGCAUACAAGAAUAUCAGCAGAGUAGGGGGUGGGAAUGAAUGUGGAUUUGGAAACAAUGACAAAUCUUGGGCGUUAUAUUGUGACAAAAACAGUUAUUCAUUUCUUUACAACAGUAUCAAAACUCCCGUCUCAGGUCCUCUGUCCUCCAGAGUAGGAGUGUACCUGGAUCACAGAGCAGGUAUUCUGUCCUUCUACAGCAUCUCUGAAACCAUGACUCUCCUCCACAGAGUCCAGACCACAUUCACUCAGCCGCUACAUGCUAGAGUUGGGCUUUAUUAUCCUAAUGGAACCACAGCUGAGUUGUGUAAACUGAAAUAGCCUGAUGUCAUUUGAGGAUCUCUUCUACUUCUUAAACUCAUUGCAUGUUCAUCAUUGUGGCUGAGAGCUGGUUGUUCAUGUCUUCACUGCACAGAGAUCAGCUGUCAAUCUAACAUUAUGGGAUGUGCUUUAACAUCUUCUCAUGAGUUGUUCUGUAGAUGUUGGAGUUUCUUUAGGCAACGCUCCUUCCUGUGUCUGUUUAGCCAUGGAGGCUGUCACUGCUCAGGAGGAUUUCUGUCAACCUCAACUGAUAUUUCUCUGCAUGAAAAUGUAAACUUUGCUCUAAAUAUUCGUUGAAUAGGUCUUUUAGUUUUGACUAAGUCUCAAUGUGUUGAAUGCAUUAAUGAAAGUUUGAAAAAGGAAAGAAAACACAUUAAAAGAAAAGCUAAUAGGUUGAGUUUGUUAUACAUUGUGUUUCUAUUUUCAAGAUGUGAGAUGAGUGCCACAUUUACAGUAAAAAAUAAAAUGUUGGGAUUUUUCUUGUUAAUAAAAGAGCUAAGAGAACACAA